AUGGAGCCCAGGGGGAAAAGACUUCUGUCGAGAGUUGUGGAUGAUGCCGCUCAGCGUGAGCCGGAGAGACUGUUUGCAGUCAUUCCACGGGGCCUGAAUAUAUCUGAUGGCUUCCAGAAUCUGACGGAGGAAAUGUCUCAUGUCGUCAACUCUCUUUGCUGGUGGAUUGAAAAGACCAUUGGACCGGCAAUCUCCCAGGAGAGGCUGGCUUAUAUCGGGAUGAACGAUGUCCGAUACUGCGUGUUCGUCCUCGCGUGUCAGAAAUUGGGUUACGAGGCAUUUUUACCUUCCACAAGAAACUUUGAUGACGCUAAUGUUCACCUGCUCAAAGCAGCUGACUGCACCAAGAUUUUCUUCAGCGAAGAGCGGCGCACUCGAGUCCUCGAAAUUCAAGAACUGUGCCCGAAUGUAGAGAUCUUCUCAAUUUCCACGCUCCAGCAGAUGCUUGCUGAUGCAAAUGGCCGACUAUCUUAUAUCUACCAAGAAGCUUAUGAUGACGUGGAAAAUCACACAUUUGCAUCAUCCACAGUUCUGGAACUACCGCUUGUACCCCUGACCAACGGAUUCUUCAAGUGCAACGACGAGUUCUCGCGACUACCCUGGCCCGAGUCUCGCCAACCAGCCACGUUCUACAGCUAUGGUCAGGAGGAGAUCGUCCUUGCAACAACCCCCUUCUUCCAUUUGAUGGGCCUUAUCUCGUUUGUUAUGUCAAUCUUCCACAAUGUCCCUGUCUUGAUUGGCCCUGAGAAACCACUCUCAGUGGACCAUUUGGUUGAACUCAUCGAAAAGACUAGUCCGACAGCUGGGGUUUUCCCGCCCUCAGUCUUGGAGGAUAUGAGCAAUUCAGAAAAGGCGCUUAAGUCUCUCGGGACACUCCGGAGUGUAUUCUUCGGGGGCGCGCCAUUGGCGCUUGAUUCGGGUCGUCGCCUACGCCAGCAUGUACAGGUUGUAUCUGUUAUCGGGGAAGACUCACGCAAUGUGCAAGCCAUUUUCCAUACCUUCCCCGACCAGGAUGUGUACAGAACUAACGAUCUGUACACGAGACAUCCCACGAAUCCUCACUUAUGGAAGUUCCAUGGAAGGGUUGACGAUGUGAUCGUUCUCAGCAAUGGAGAGAAAUUCAACCCAGUGAACAUGGAGAAAACCAUUGAGGGACAUCCUCUCGUCUCGAGAGCCGUGGUCAUCGGUCAAUCUAGGUUUCAGGCUGGCUUGCUUAUUCAACCUACUGCCGAUGCUCCGGAGAUGUCCCACAAUACUUUCAUUAAGGAAGUUUGGCCGACAGUUCAAGAAGCCAAUCAAGUUGUCGCUGCUCAUGGGCGAAUCCUGAAAGAGAGGAUUGGACUUGCCUCAAACGCAAAGCCCUUCAAAACGACUGCAAAGGGUACAGUGCAGCGGCAAGCAAUACUCCGGGAUUAUGAGCAGGAGAUCAAUGCCAUUUAUGAUGCGGAUUCAGCUUUUGACCUGGACGUGCCAUUCCCUGAAACCACGGAUCGCUCGAGCAUCGUGAAAUAUGUUCAUCAAAUAGUUUCUCGGGCUUUUGGAAAAUCUUGUUUUCUCAAUGAUCAGAAUAUCCACAAUUCUGGACUCGGUUCACUCAUGACGAUUCAAAUUGCCAAAGUCUUACAGCGAGGAAUUCAACAGCAUCGGCCGGAGACGAAGGAGGUGACGAUUCCCCCCCAAGUUGUCUACGCAAACCCGACGGUAGAGGGUCUGGCUCGAUUCCUUCAUGGAAUACUGGAAGGCACGAUUCAUGAUGACAUCCCUCGCAAUGAAAAGAUCCAUCAGUUGAUCCAAAAAUACACCGCCACUCUCAUUGCAAACUACUCAACGAUUGCAAAAGUCUACUGUCUUAACCGCUCGGAUGCCGCUCACCAAAAGAAAUCUUUCAGCGAGAAGGGUCUUAAUGUGUCACCGGAUGAGUGGGCUAAAAUCGAGUUUCUCCAAGCUUCGGUGGGCGAACCUCAAUUCGAUCUGGAACGGGCAAAAUACGAGGAGAUCUCCAGUCUGGCAGAUACCGUCAUCCACAACUCCUGGAAGGUUGAUUUUAAUCACUCAGUGGACUCUUUCGAGACACACUUCAAAGGAGUGCGCAAUUUCAUCGAUUUCAGUCUGCAAAGCCGACACAAUGCGCAUAUUCACUUCAUAUCCUCCGUGAACACGGUAGGGGCAUGGACGAGACAGAUGGGAUUGCUUGUGCAAGCUUAA